CAGAGAGAUGGUCACUUUGGAAAGUAAUGUUGAACUUUAUUACAAGUCUCCCUCUCCUGCUUUGUGGAACAGUUAUUCCAAGUGUAACCAUUCGAAAGAUACUAUUUUGCAACUUGCUCUUAUUAAUCGUACAAGUGGCAGUCAACAAGGAAAAGAAUUGAUAGGUUGGUUACAACAGUUGCUAGGUGAAGAACGAGUUUUUUCGAUAUCCUCCGAGCAACAAGUGAGACAUGUAUUGGAAAUGAAUGUUUGCUGUAGUCAGUGGAAAAUACUUGUCUGUGGUGGCGAUGGAACUUGUAACCUUGUUGUACAGGUUUUACAGGUUUGUCCGUUGCAAGUCUGUAUGAUACAUAUUCCUAUCGGAACUGGAAAUGAGUUGGCUCGUUCGUUAGGUUGGGGUGGUUCAUGUCGUAGUUUUAUGAAGCUUCAACAGCUUGUAAACUAUGUCGAACUUGCAAAUAGAGAAGCUAUGGAUGUUUGGAACAUCAAUGUACAGACGUCCCAUGAAGAGUCAAAAAAGUUCCGUAAACCUACUUGUAUGAUAGGCUUUCUGAGUUUAGGUAUCGAUGCUCAAGUUGAAUUGUGUUUCAACGAGUCAAGAUGGAAGAAUCCUUCGGGUUAUCAAUAUACCUGGUUGAACAUAGCAAAAUACGGAUGGUAUGGUUUACAAACUAUGUGGAAGUGGACACAAGUUGCCGGUAUCCAUGAAUUUGUAGAUUCGUUUGAAAUGGAUAAUUACCCUUUGGAUAUUCCUGCAGAUAUUCAGUCCAUUAUCUUGUUGAACCUUCCCAGUUAUGGAGCAGGAGCCUUUCCUAUAAAGCAGAGUUCAAACUCUCCCAACCAGUGGAAAAUAUUUGGAAAUGAUAGAGUUUUGGAAGUUGUUGGAAUAACCAGUCUCUUUCAUUUCUUAAGCCUUGAGUUGGGUAUGUCUGCCAGAAAACUUGGUCAAGGAAGAAGCAUUUUCAUUCGACUCAAACAAAGUAAAUUACCACUUUCCGUUCAGGUAGAUGGGGAACCUUGGAGUUUGCGUUCAGGAACCAUUCAAAUCACUUCUAGCGAUAAACGACAAUGUUUUGCGUUGGGUCCUUCCUAUCAAAAGCAUUCAUCGCAUUUUGUUCAAUUUGCGGAAUAAAGCAAAGAAUCCUGUCUUCCUAAUGAUGUCAUG